AUGAUGGACGAGUUCUACGUUGGGGAAAUCGACUCUUCAACCAUCCCAACCAAGGUCAAUUACACGGCUCCUAAGCAACCUCACUACAACCAGGACAAGACCUCAGAGUUCCUCUUCAAGCUACUCCAGUUCUUAGUCCCCCUUCUCAUUUUGGGUGUGGCUUUUGGCAUUCGGUUCUAUGGCAAAACAGCUUCUUCUUAA